CGUGCUGUUUGGUGACUUCGUAAGAAGUAUGGUCUUAGCUCCCGUCCUCGGUCGUGUACCGUAUGAAAAUAAAAUGCCGUCGGACGACUCACCAUCGGUUUGGAUCUACGUUACGCGUACUUUUCUUUGACUUUGUCUUCACUUACCUAAGUACUGUCCUCUGUCUUCACUUAUCUGCCAUUGGAAGCAGCGCUUAA